CUUUAUCUCUUUCAACCCCUUUAUCUGGUAAUCCUUCGCAGUCCUUCCCUCACCUUCUUCUUUUAUCCCUCUUUGCCCAAGGGGCCCACAUUCUCUAUAAUUUAACUGCAGUCGACCUGCAUAACAACUUGUCAAGAGCCGGCUCUUGGCCCAUAUCUCUAGCUCAGGAAGCUUCCUCUCUCUUCUCAGAUCACAUUCUCUACCAUUUAUCACAAUGUUACUCUCAACUCCAGCCUUCCUUUCAUUUGCCCUCCUUCUCGUCUCCCAGUCCUCCGCCCAGGGACACACUGCUCCUCCUGGCCGACACCGUCACCCUAGGAUCUUCAAAGACCUUCAAGAGCGUGGCCAACUGGAUGAGCGGUUGCUCCCUAUCACCGCUACCACCACUGUUGUGGUCCCCAUGACCGCCACCAGGACUAUCUGGGUUGAUUCCACUCAGUUAGUCCUUGGUGACGGUGGUAAUGAUGGAGACAAUGAUGCUUCAGGCGAUGUUAGCAGUGUUUGGUCUUCGCAGGCGAGCCAGAGCACUGAAGGAGCAUCCACAAGCAGUGAAGCUAUGUUACCUACCGCCUCAGCAUCAUCAUCAGUUUCAGACUUGACAUCAUCUUCCUACGACACCGACGCCCAGUCAUCAUCCUUUGUCACCGGCUCUUACAUCGAAGAUGUCACGGCGACGUCUAGUCUUCUUUCCGAUUCCCUUCCUACUUCCUCCUCCAUCUCCUCCGAUUAUCCUUCCCUUUCUGUUUCCCAAUCUGAAGCCUCUUCUUCCACCACUGGUGUCGCCACAUCCUCAGCCACUGUGACCGACUCCAGCUUUUCUACCUUUGCUGAAGAGCCAGCCUCAACUGGAUCUUCAUCGUCUCAGUCAAUUGCUGCCGAUUCUGCUCCUAGCUCUUCCGCUUCGACAUCGGCUUCAACAGGAUCGAGCUCUUCUCGGCCUACAUCGCUGCCCCAAACCGAGUCAGCGACCAAGUCUGAGGAUUUGGGCGCCGCGUCGACUAACAUUGCCAGCAAUGCCACCGUGUCUGACAAUGUGAGUGUGUCGGAAAGUCAGUGGGCGUCAGUAACCUCGACCAAGAGCUCUUCUAUCUCCGAAACCGGAUCAGCAAGCUUGUCUGGGAGUGAGUCUGUAUCCCUCUCCGACUCAUUCUCUAUCUCUGCGACAUCUACAGAUUCUGCGGCGGUUAUAGGAACGGCUAGCUCUUCUUACUCUAGAUUCGAGUCAUCAGCCACUGCUUCUGAGACUGCCUCAGCUUCGGCCAAUGAGACAGGUUCCAAGACCAAGUCGCACGGGAACUGGUGGGAGACUAGCACCUCUUCUUCCGCCUGGGCUUCUUCCUCUUUGAGCGCAUCUGAAAGCGCCUCAGAGAGCGCUUCUUUGACAGCGUCGGGUACGGUCUCUGUUUCUGACUCUUCAACAUGGCCUGAGAGCGCUUCAGUCUCCUCUGCUGCCACAGCUACAACCUUUGAAUCAUCUACUUCCAUUUCCGCCACCUCUACCUCUACCUCUAGCUCUUCUUCGCCUACCUCUACUCUUGCCUCUACUCUCAUGUUGGGAUAUUAUCCUGAUUGGUCCGCCUACUACCUUUCUCCAGAGUCUGUCGACUGGGACCGCUUCGACAUCCUUGACUUUGCUUUCGCCAUCCCCAACUCUGACGGAUCCCUCUACUUCACCGAUGAUAGCUCUACAGACUCCCUUCAGCGAUUGGUCACUACUGGUCACGCUGCGGGUAAGCGAGUCAAAUUGUCGAUCGGUGGCUGGACUGGGUCUGCGUACUUCUCUACCAUUGUGGCCGAUGAUUCUCUCCGAGCUACCUUUGUAAGCAAUAUCUAUGACAUCUACAACCAAUACAACCUCGAUGGUAUCGAUAUUGAUUGGGAGUACCCUGGUACUGCCGGUGCCGAUGGUAACGCCGUGUCAUCUGAUGACUCUGCCAACUUCCUCAUUUUCCUUCAAGACUUGAGGGCCGCUUUGCCAAGCGAGGCCAUCAUCACCUCUGCAACGCAAGUCUGGCCAUUUGCGGACAGCAAUGGUAACCCGAUGACCGAUGUGAGCGAGUUUGCCAAGGUCCUUGACUGGAUUUUGAUCAUGAACUACGAUGUCUGGGGUUCUUCCAGCACCCCUGGUCCCAAUGCUCCUCUCUCUGAUGGUUGCGGUAACUCUACUCAGCCUCUCGCCAACGCUUAUGCUGCAGUUUCCUCAUGGACCAGUGCUGGCAUGCCCGCAAACCAGAUCACCCUCGGUGUCCCUGCCUAUGGUUAUAUCCAAGUCUCUUCGGCUUCUUCCCUUAUUCAGCGACGCUCUCUCCCUCUUCUCCCUCACAAACGAUCUAAGCACGCCAAGAAGGCCAGCUACGUCACAGUUCAGAACGAGUCUGGAGGUACGACCGACGGUCAAGUCAUGUGGUAUGGUCUCCUAAACCAAGGCGCUUUGACCUUGAGCGAUGGAGAGUACGUCGCUACCGGUGGUUUCACCAGACAUUGGGAUGACUGUUCUAGUACUCCUUGGCUCAAGUCUUCUGAAUCCGGCCAAAUCGUCACCUACGAUGACCCCCAAUCUAUGAACCUCAAGGCUCAGUUCGCUGCUCAGGCUGGGUUGAGGGGAUGUAAUGUCUUCUCUGUCGAUGGUGACUGGACGGGCUCGUCCUGGCCUUUGACAGAUGCUGUCAGGAGUGGUUUGGGACUUCCCGCUGUGUAAUAAGAGAAGAUAUGGAAUGUUGUAGGAAAAAAAAAGAGCGUGGAUCUAAACAGGAUAUUUCUGACCUUGAUGGUCUAGAGAACAGUAUAUAAUUGCCAAAUUGAUGCAUUGCACCACAUACUAUAAU